AUGCCAGAUCCUUUCGUGAAAGGUGAAAUCCAUGAGAAAAAGGUCAUACUGAGCGUCUGGUGGGGAGUUCAUGGAAUCUACUGUUUCGAAUUGCUGCCAGACAACACGACAGUUUCUGCCGAGGUCUACUGCGCUCAACUGCAAAGACUGGUCGACAAGAUCUGCAAGGAGCACACGAAGCUCGACAACGUUCGUCUGCUGCACGAUAACGCGCCCCCUCACAUCGCGAAGAAGACUUCCCAGAAAAUUCUGGAGCUCGGAUGGGAAGUUCUACCGCACCCACAGUGCAGUGUACAGUCCGGACCUGGCCCCGAACGACUACCACCUCUUCCGAUCGCUUCAGCAUCACCUGGAAGAGAAGCGCUAUGA